CGGGACCGGCGUAGUCUGUUGUUAUCGGCCAUUUUUGCACGAGGUAUUUGGUGUAUUUUGCGGAAGUUACGUAUUGUUUACUUGUUGCAGAGGGUUGAAAAGGAUACUCAGUUUGGAAAAUGGCAUCCAAAACGAAGAAAACCACGACAACAUGGAGUUCUCAAUCCUUGUCCGAGUCUGGUUUCGAGUCGCCCGGUACCAGCAAAUUCGCGUCACCCCGCCGAUCACGGCCCCCGUCUCCAGCCCGGGUUUCGCGGAUGCAAGAAAAAGAAGAUUUGGUAAAUCUAAACGAUCGCUUGGCGGCUUAUAUAGAUCGAGUUCGAUUCUUAGAAGCGGAAAAUAGUCGUUUAACCUUCCAGGUCCGGUCAACGGAGGAGGUUGUCAAACGAGAAGUGACGAAUGUCAAGUCAUUGUACGAAAAUGAACUCGCCGAUGCCAGGAAAUUGUUGGAUGAAAUGGCAAAAGAGAAAGCAAAGCUGCUGUUGGAAGUGUCAAAAUAUAAAUCUGAAUCAGAAGAAUAUCAGUCAAAAUACCUGCGAAAGGACCGAGAUUACCAGAAUCUUGAGAAGAAGGUCGUCACCUUGGAGACACAGCUCGCUGAGCUGCAGGGCAAACUCGCAGAGAGCGAGUCGCGCAAGAAACAGCUCGAGAAGGAUAAUGCUAACCUGCAUGCAGACCUCCAUGCGGCUGACAAACAGCUGGCCAAGUUGCGGAAGCAGCUGGAGGAUGAAUCUCUUCGAGCGGCCGAUCUCGAGAACCGCGUGCAGAGUUUGAAGGAAGACCUCUCUUUCAAGUGUUCCGUCUUCGAACAGCAACUUGAGGAGAGUCGAGUCCGCACAACGACGGAGCUGGAGCAGGUGGACGGUCGACUACAGGAGGAGUAUGAGGCCAAACUGCUGGAUGCACUGCGCGAGAUGCGGGAGGUGCAUGAGGUGGAGCUCAACAAAAUGAAGAUAGAACUGGAAAUACUCUACGAGAGCAAGAUCGCGGAGCUGCAGACACAGGUUGACCGAAAUGGAGCAUCAGCAGGGACCGCGUGGGAGGAACUGCGACAGACUCGCACAAAGUUCGACGAACUGUCGGCGGAACUCGCCAAACUGAGAUCAGAGCAUGCAUCGUGUUCUGCGCGUAUCGAGGAUCUGGAGAUGCAGUUGUCUCGUGAGCGAGAGGAGUCGCUGAUCCGUAUCCGCGCUAAAGACUCCGAGAUUGCUGAGCUGCGCGCCACACUGGACGAGGAGCGGAUGGAGUAUGCCGACCUCAUGGACACGAAGAUCAAACUGGACCGGGAGAUCGACGCCUACAGGAAACUGUUGGAGGGAGAGGAGGCUAGGUUGAACAUUUCCCUAGAGACGUCGCAGUCGUCAUCGUUCAAACAGACUCCGAGUAAAUCCGGCCGCAGUGCCAAGCGGAAGCGAGCCGAGACGGUGGAGGAAUAUUCACAGGAAAGUUCUAGCAGUGGCUACACGUCGAGUGGGACAGCGAAGGGCGGGAUAGAGAUUUAUGAGGUCGAUCCCGAUGGACAGUAUAUCAAGCUGUACAACACAACUAAAAAGGAGAUACAUAUAGGAGGUUGGCAGCUAAAACAUGAGGCAGGUGACCAGGAAACCAUCUUUAAAUUUCAUCGUACUGUCAAGUGUGAGCCUGGUGGAUAUGUCACAGUGUGGAGUUCGGACACAGAGACGACCCACAACCCACCCACCGACAUCGUGAUGAAGGGACAACGCUGGUUUAUUGCCAACACCAUGACCACUCAUCUGAUCAGCAAGGAAGAGGAAAUGGCCAGUAAAGAAAUGACCAAGUCUCUUUUGAAGAGCUCGUCGUCUUACCGGUCUAGUGCUACACCUCGCGGUCAGAAAAUCGGAACCUACACUCUAGAGGAGGGCGACAAAGAGAAGUGCAUAAUAAUGUAACCAGGACCAUCUACCUCACUGUAUCACAGGAGCAUCUCGGAAGCAAAGAACACACCAUGCAGCGGAGUUUACACUCCACCUCCUUCUUUCACUCUCUGAUCUACUUUCAUCAUGUGAUACGUACUUGAAACAUUUCCUCAUAUGUUUGGCUGGUUUUCGCCCACUGAACAUUUGGACCAAGAUUGCCUAAGAAUGGUGCUGUGUUUAUAAAUUGGUUGUGCUUUCAUAACUGAGGUUUUAAUCAACUGGGCAGUGUGCUUAAUCAAAUAGGUACUUCUGAUAAAGCCUUGUUUCUCUACUUUUGCUAAGUUAUGUAAUGGGCCUCUAGUUUACUAAUUUAGAUUUUAUCUAGUAAUUGAAUAUUCCUUGUUCUUUAAAAGCCGUGCAAAAUGGUUGUUAAUUGGGGUUAAUCACAAAAAUUUACUUCAUUUUAGCAAGUUUUAAUUCCUUUUAUUUUAAAAUUUUUGUUCACUUCUUUUUUCGCAAAUACAAAUAAUUUAAGUUAAGAUAGAUUUCACUUUUUAAUGAUUCUACCUAAAAUGCUAAUCUUGGAAUGGAAAAACAAUAACUAAUGAAAUUUAUACGUUUUUAAAACUGCAGGUACUCUAUAAAGUACUUGCAUCCCAACAUUUGUUGUAAAAAAAAGUGGAUGGGAUUUUAUUCAUUUUUUGAAUAAAAAAAACUAGAAGUAGUACUUAAGGACGAAAAAAAAGAAAAUAAUUAAUGUUUAGAUAUAAACAAAAAUGGGCAACCUUGGAUCAGAGAGAUUUACAUUUAUAUGAUUUGUUUUACAUGUCCUUGAUUGACCUCUAUGAUAUUGCAGGGUCAACAAUAUUCUAUAAUUGGUUGUUUUUUUAUAGGUUUUUUUUUUACCAUGAAUAAAACCCGUCUUAUCUAUUUAAUAUAAUUUUUAUGCUUAUAUGACAUGUAUGAAGUAGGAUAUUAUGUUUUGGUGGCUGUCAACAAGAUCCACUGUCCAAUUUGGAGACUGACUAUGAUCACGAAAGUAGUAGAAAGAAGCAGGACCAGGGUGGGUUGGGUUUGACCAAUAUUUGGCCAUUUAUUUCAAACUGAUGCUCAGAAUACACCUUUCGUGAUUACUCACUUUAGAAGAGAGGAGUAAACUAAGUAAGUUAAAUUUCGAGGUGUAAAACAAUCAUGGCUCAGCUUGAACCGUAACAGUAUCGUAUAGGCUUGGGAAGUGUUGUGAACAUAUCACUCUUUAACACAUACAUCAUCUGCCGAGUUUUGAUGCUUGAGAAGUAUAUUAAUUUAUUCUAUGUUUGAUUUUGUAUUAACACAAUGUCUUAUGAUCAGAUGACUUGCCAUUAUUAAGAAUAUUAGCAUGAUGUGACAUGCACCUGACUUAACCUGCCAUGACAAACCUGUCGACUUGUCAUAUGCCAUUCAUUCAUCUGGCUUAAUCUGUCGAAUGACAUACACCCUGUGAUCUGUUACAGCAUAAUUCAGAUAUGAUCUGUCAUAUAACAGUACACAUGACUUGACUUACCAAAUGACAUACACAUGACUUGUCAAAUGACAUACACAUGACUUGUCAUAUGAUCUACACAUAACUGGUAUGAUAUACAUGAGUUGACCUGUCAUAUAAGUAUCACUUACCAUAUGACAUGAAUGACGAUCUGUCAUAUAACAUACACAUGACUUGUCUUGUAUGAUAUGCACUGGAUGACCGUACACAAGACUUGUAAUGUGACAUACACAAGACUUGUCAUAUGACAUACACAAGACUUGUCAUUUGACACGAAUGACUUGACCUGUCAUAUGACAAACAUGAUUUGACCCGUCAUAUGAUGCACAAGUUGACCUGUCCUAUGACAUACACAUGAUUUGACCUGUCGAAUGAUAUACACAUGAUUGGAUCUAUCAUGUUUUCAUAGUCUCAUAUUUUAAAAAGAAAUUAGUAGUUAGUUAAUGAUGUUAGCAUUAAAUGAGCUAAUGUUAACAUAAAAAGAACUGAUGUUAACAUCAAAUGUGUUGAUAUUAGCAUUAAAAUGUAAUGUCAGCAAUAAAAAGAGUUAACGAUCUUGAUCCUCGAGCCACAUCACUGCCAGCUUGAGGUAUUUGUUUUAAUUCCAGCGUUAUGAUGGGUGGUAAGAUAUCAGAAACUAGUAUCAGGACACACUAUCUCACACAAACGAGCGGUAUGUUUGUGUGUGGGUUGUGCAAAUUUAAUUUCACGGAAAUCACCAUUGGAUUAUGUGGUGAGCCAUUACAAAGAAACUGUUCAUUAAGGAUUUACAAUAAAGUAUCAGCUGGAAACAGUGUCAUUAAAAUGCGAGUUCAGUGUACGUUUGAGAUAACGGAUGUGUUAAGCAAACAUCAUUCAUUCGCCUGAUCAGUUACUAUAGUCCUUCCCACAAGGAAUGCCUUUUUUCAAACUGUGGAUUUUACUACAAAUUAUUCAUUUCUGAGCCAAUUGAUUUCUAAAUUGCACACACAAAAAUAGUAGGGAGGGGAUUUAUUUCC